AUGAAAGCGGUUAUCCAGAGAGUCAAGUCGGCAUCCGUCACGGUGGACCAGCAACUGAUCUCAUCAAUCGGUCGAGGGCUUCUCGUUCUCGCUGCGGUGGGUAAGGGUGACACCGAAAAGGAAGCGGACUCGCUCGUUGCAAAGAUCCUGAAGGCGCGAUUCUGGGAGGACGAUACCGGUGCAGCGUGGAAGAAGAAUGUCCAGGAUAUACAAGGGGAAGUGCUCUGCGUCUCACAGUUCACCCUAUAUGGUAACCUGAAGAAAGGUAAUAAACCCGAUUUCCACGAUGCAGCGGACGUCGAAACAGCACGCAGGCUCUACGACUACUUCUACAACCGCAUGCGAGACUCGUACAGACCCGAAUCGGUCAAGAAUGGUGUCUUCCAAGCGAUGAUGGAAGUAGAAUUGAAGAACAACGGUCCGGUUACUAUUGAACUGGACACAAACGCGCCCAAGAAAGAGCCGAAGAAAGAAGACGGCCGGGGUAAGGCGCAGGAGAAGAAGUAG